AUGGCAGACCCUGUGCCAUCCUUAAGUGCCCUGCUGAAGGAAGCUGGCGCUGACAGCGUUGUGCAGGAUUAUGUCAAAGCGCGGGGGCUCACCGCGCUGGGGACAUUUGCUCUGCUGGCAAAAGAUCAUGAAGGCCUGCGUAAGGUUUUGAUUCAACCGCUUAUGCAGGGCUUCAAAAAGGGCCCAACCGAGUUUGUGCUGGAUGACGCUGACAAGCCUGUGGCCGAAGCUGUGCUUCUCACUGUAUGGGAUGAAGCCAAUCGCAUCUGGGCGAAUCACAUGAAGCCCGCUGAUACCUCCGCGGGAAAGUUGUCGAACGCAGCUUCAGCUCCUUCGAAUGUUCAUGGCGCUGCAGAUGACAAGCCGCCCAAGCAGCUGCCGGCAGGCGUGUGGAAUUCAGCCAUCAAGCGGUACAACGAUGUGCAGAUUCAGGGCAUCAACAGAAGUUUUCCAGAACGGGAGCUUGUCGGUGCUGAAAGCGUGCUGGCGCGCGCUCAUUUUGAACACACGAAGACAAAGUUAUACACUCCAAUCGGACUUGGCGAGUUGAUGCAACAUCGUUCCUUUACAGCUGUUGGUGACCCCAACCCCCUGGUCCGGUCUAAGGCAGACGCCAAGACCACGCUGACCGUCGAGGGCGACAAGCUGGUCCAGGAGGCGGAGAAGGUUUGGGCGCCUAAGUCUGUGCUCUCGGUGAUUGACGCCAUCCGCAGCAUCCAGUGGGCAUGGAUCCUUUUGGACUUUGGUCCAGAGCUCAAGAUCAGCGAGUUUUGUGAUUGGCUCUGCUUGCGCCUUCGAGCAAAGCCAAACAAGCUCGAGCAGUUCCGAAUCUGGUACGAGCAGCUGGCGUGGCAGCUGGCUAUGCAAAUGCGAGUGGGGAAGUCUUUUGUAGAGGCCACAGAGCACAUCAGAGCGGACUUGGAGCUGUAUCAUGAGACCAUGGCCAAGGAGAUCACGCCCGCUUUUAAGAGGGGGGCCAAACGCAAAGCCGAGGCAGAUGACGUGGAGCAGGAGCAUCGGCAACACCUUCCUGCCAAAGGCGUUGGCAAGGCAAGGGGGGCAUGGCGCCCGUCAGCAUGGAAUCGGUGGCCUCGACAUUCGUCAUCUUGGGACCAGCAGCGGUCCCAAUCGUGGAAUUCCUCCACAAAGUCUGCCACGCCUUGGCAGUGGCCAGGGCCAGAAGCUGACAAAUAG